AAACAAUCACGUACUUCCGGUUCGUUUCCCUGCACGUUGUUGGAUUUUCCUGCCCCGCACCAACAAACCUCGUCUGUGCUGUAAAAACCGGGAAAAACACAAACAUGCCGAAAGCCAAGAAGUCCGGGAAGAGCAAGAAGUUCGACUACAACCAGAACCGGAAGAAGUUGAAGAAGAAGUUCAUUAAGAAAGCCAACCCGAGGAUAGAGAAUACACACGUCCGAAAUGCGUGGGACAACAAGAAGUCCAUGGCCAGGAACCUGCAGGAGAUGGGUCUGGCUUUCGAUCCGAACCAAACGGUGCCAAUAACAAAGAGCAGACUCCUGGGUGAAGACAGAGAGACCAAAGCUCCGGCCCGGAUAGUGACCAAGCCAUACCUCCUCAACCAGCUGGAGGAGGAGGCCAACCGUCCAGUGAAAGACACCAAGACGUUAUCUGCCGACCUGAUCGAGUACAUUCAGUACAUGGUCCGAGAGCACAAAGACAACUACAAGGCGAUGGCCAGAGACGAGAAGAACUAUUACCAGGACACGCCCAAACAGAUCAAGAGGAAAAUCAACGAGUACAAGCGCUGCCACCCGGACCACUUCAACAACUUCAUGGACUCGCUGGCGGCUCCGGAGCCGAUGGUGAAGUAGAGAGAUGGUCGAGCCUCUUCUGGACUUUAUGUUGUUCUGUGUGUCAGGAUGAGAUGGACCUGAUUCUGGAGAGACUGUCGGUGUGAGGACAGCAGAAUCAGAAUCAGAAUCACAGCGACGGGAAGCAUUCAGAGACGAGCACUCCUUCUGUGUCUCGUCAAGGACCUUUCAGACGCUACUGGACAUUUCUGUUGUUCCUCUCCUCCCUGUCAACACUUCCUGUUUGUGCUUUGUGUCAGAGAUAUUGUCCUGAUCUUGCUGCACACUGUCUUCUGUGUUCUCAUUGGCAAACGUGUAUUUUUUUUUAAAAUAUAAGUAUCAUUGAAACAGCCUGAA